AUGGCGGCUCGAGCGGUCGCACCCCAAGAACCUCCUAGAUCAUCACCUCAGCAAGACUCUAUGGCUGUGGUAGCCGGUGUGGGAGCAACGACAUUUACUCCUACAGAAACUCCUACUACAAAAGAGCCAUACACGGAAGAGGAUAUUCCAGUGGAUUAUCCUCAAACUAGUUCCACUGUAAGAGGAGUAGAAAUAGGUAUAGUCCUCCUGGUCCUUGUAGUGUGGAUAGGGGCCAUCGCUCUCUUCUUCAACCGUUGGGGCAAAAUAAGAAUGUUGCUGCCUUACCAGCCCGACUACAAGCAGGAGCAGCUCAAAGUGCCGGGCACAGCGGCGUGCGCGGCGGCAGUGGCGGCGGGCAACACAUGCACACAUCAUCCCACGACGAACAUAUGCCAGCAGUGCAAAAAGAAGAAACGGGAAAGACUGCGUUUACUAUCCCGACCGCAGCCCAUAACUGGACCAAUUUGUACUUGUUAUCUCUCCAAGAACGACAAGAACGGAAUGGAGAUGGCUGGUGGCUACAUCGCUGAUAUCGAUUCUGAUUAA